GGAAUCUCCCACCUCAUGCACGAGUCUCCGUGUUGGCUUCUUCUCGCGGCUCGAGAACUCUCAUCUCGCCGCAGAACCCCAGUGUUCAGCUGAGUGUCGUAGACGGCGCAUGCGUCUUUCUCACUCUUCCCGCGGCUACGUCUACAUCUUCCUCUUACCCAAUUUUACCGUGAUCCUGUUGUACGGAAAAUCAGGCAGGAGCCCUCAAAAUUGUGGUGCGAAAAAAACUAUCGCGUGUGCUAGAGUGGGUUAAAUUUUGGACGAAGAACUUUCUUUUGGGUGCGAAUCCUUUGAGACCGGUACGAGUGCGGUUGGACUCCUUGAAAGGGAUGCAGGAUAGUGAUAUUGCAUACGCUGGGAAAAGGGAUCAAGAAGAAUUUUUGUGAAUUUUUCUCAUAAACUCCUUGAGAGACUUGCCGGUAUACUGGUUGCUAUAUACUACACAGGCUCCUAUAUAAAUUUUAGACUAUCCCUUAGGAUUGAUCUGUUGAGAAAAUUUAUUAUCCAAGCUGUUGAGUCCGUCGAUAGGUCAUAUAGUGCGGUGUUUCCUGGAUUUUUUUCUUGUGUGUCCUCUUGCCGCGUAAAAAUCUAAUGAAGAGAUCGUUUCUGGGUGUUUUAUUGACCGGGUAGAGGCAGCAGAGAAAAACCCUAAAAGUGGAAUGUAUCCAUCAGCACAGGCGCAGAGACAAAUAUAAAUAAUCCCUUAUCGAUGAAAAAUCUCUCAAAUGACACACACGGUACUCUAAAUUGCUUCUUAUCAAAACGAUACAUCUCCCAUUGGGACGAGUGGAAAGAAGAUUCGACUUUUUGGCCUUCUCGAGUGACACGGAAAAAGGAAUCCUCCGGAGCGGCUGCAAGAAGUGGAGAAGACACAAAAAAACAUAUAAAAUAUUCUAAUAAAUGUCAUCCAGGCUCUCAAGCCUUCUAAAUAAUUGCUGAAGAAGAAUUUUAACAGUGAUUUCGAGUUCUUGACCCGCCGUGCGGUUUAUUUGUGACUUGUAAAAGAAAUUUUAAAAAAAUCCUUCUUAAGGACCUUCCGAAUCAAGCAAUUAUUUUUUUUUAAAUAAAAAUUUGUGAGCUUAUAAGAAAUAUUUAUAUCUACAAAGAAAAAUCUCUAACUUUUCUUACAAGAUCUUGUAAAGAGACAAAAAGGACUAAACAUAAUAAAUUUUCCGGCUUAGGACUCCCGAUAAGAGACAAUAAUUUCUUCUUUUAAAUAAAUAAUCAAAAGUGUUCAAUGUGCUUAAAUAAAAAUUAAAAAAAAAAAGUGUUAAUUGUGCCUCUGAUUAAUUCCCAGGCUUGUAGCAAGUAAUUUCCGUCUGUGAAUUCCCAACACUUUUGUCUUUUCCGGCACAUCUUGUGGCAAAUUUUCCCUCGGUGGCACAGAGAGAAAAAUUCUUCAGAGUCACAUCAAUAGAAUUUGAAUGGUGCGGCAUUCUGCGUAGUGUUUGUUGUGUGCAUCUUGCACGCAAUGAUGGAUUUGUGAAUUCGUGCGAACUGUGCGUGCGGAGAUCUUGUGUGGCGAAAUUUUACCUCUUGAGAAAGGGGUGCCCUUCACACGGGCUCCAUUGACAACGAUAAGCGGCACAACGAUUGAGGCGCUUAUGGGCGUCUGCAAUGAGGAGCGCCCUGUAAUGCAUUGGCAGCAGAGCGCAAGAUUCUUUGGGCCGACGAGGGAAAGAAGUCCAACACUUCCAAUACCCGUGAUAGGUGGUCAGUGUACAAAUAGGAACAACAAUCAUCCACUCCAUAGACCCUGUGCAUCGUGUUUGGAACCCUGUGAGCACAUUGGAAAGCCCUUUGGACCCAAUCAGGUGUAUCCGGACUCAUGUCGAAGCAAUUACAAAUCUCCGGAGCACGGUGGAUUGUUCGAGGAUGCUUCCCUGAGUUACACAGACUUGCCCAAAGAAUGCCUGGAGCGUACGAGUGUACCAACGGGGAGUGGUGGGGCCGCCAGUGCAGGAUCCACCUCCAUGUCCGAUCAGUAUCUUCAGCUAAAAGCAGAACCAGCACCAAGCAGUCCAGAAUCAUCAUCGGAUGUCCCUUCGUCGAGUCCUGACGAUUGCGCUGGAUGUGGUCAACUGAUACAGGAUCGAUUCUACUUGUCGGCGGUGGAGAAGAGGUGGCAUGCCGGAUGCCUUCAGUGCUGCAUGUGUCGCCAACUGCUCGAAGGUGAAACUUCCUGCUAUUCCCGAGAUGAGAAUAUCUACUGCAAAACAGAUUACUACAGAGUAUUCGGUACGAGAAGAUGCUCCCGCUGUAUGGCAACGAUAAGUUCAUCGGAAUUGGUGAUGAGGGCACGUCAUCUUGUCUUUCACGUGAGAUGCUUCUCUUGUGCUGUGUGCAAUACACCCCUCACAAAGGGGGACCAUUUUGGGAUGAGAGAGUCGACAGUUCUGUGUCGACUACAUUAUGAGAUUUCACUGGAAACUGAAGCUCUUCCUACCACCACACCAAUGACAAUGGCUUGUCAGCAUCCUCAACCAUUUGGUACGUCUCCACUAGGACCCCCAAGCCCCAGCGAUGGCGCCACGAAGCUGGGACCCUCAGGCUUCUUUGGCGGAUCGCAGCACAACCUCACGACGGCCUUGACUCAUCCACCGCGACAAAAGGGGCGUCCUAGGAAGAGGAAGCCCAAGGACAUUGAGGCCAUGACAGCCAAUUUAGAUCUCAAUUCGGAAUAUUUGGACCUGAGCUAUGGACGAGGUGGUCCGGGUGGGUUGAAUGCAUCCUCACGAACGAAGAGGAUGCGAACAUCCUUCAAGCACCAUCAACUGCGCACCAUGAAAUCCUACUUUGCCAUCAAUCACAAUCCCGACGCCAAGGACCUCAAGCAACUGUCCCAGAAGACGGGAUUGCCCAAGAGGGUGCUUCAGGUUUGGUUCCAAAAUGCCCGUGCUAAGUGGCGGCGGAUGAUGAUGAAGCAAGAAGGAAAGGGUGGUGGCGGCGAAAAAGGUGAUAUUUCCUUGGAUUUGGACAGCUACAGCUCCCACAGUCCAUCCUUCAUGCUCGGCGGUCCGCAUAGUCCCCAUUCGAUUGACUGAAACACACUCUACGGUUUCCAUCCUCGAGGACUUUUGUACAUGAUUUCAUCUAGAAUGUUGUCUAGUUUUUAACUACAUACUACUACACAUACAAAAAAAACCCGCGCGUGUAGCUUUAGAUCGCAGAGAAAAUUCAUUCGAUUUUUCCCUGACUCCUAGAAGGAAUUUUCUCAUAUCUGUGAGAGCUCUUUAGCAUUAUUAUACAUAUUAAAUUUAGUGAGUGAGUGAAAAAAAAUCCUCUGUGGGUGCCAAGAAGUUUGGAGCUAACUAUUAAGGACAUUUUACUUCCCAUAGCCUUCCAAAUUUCUUAUUAUCCUAGUAGAUUAUAAACUACCUAACCCUUAAAAGAAAGGAACCCUAAAGUAUGUUCUUGAGCAAGUAUGUUAUACAAACUUGUCAUCUCAACACGUAACUAAGGAACAGGUGUAGUUUUUUUAUAUAGGUCCUAUAUACAUGCAUAUAUAGCAAUUCUGCAAAUUCAAGCUAAAUGUGAAAAUCCUAUGUAUAAAAACAAGCUGAAAAAAAAACAGGUAAAAAAUACGAGAAAAAUAGCAAAAAAAUGUAAUUAAAAAUAAGAAUUUUUUUCUAUUUUGAUUCCUUGGAUAUUUGAAACAAAAAACUACGACCAUUAAAUUUAUUUGACGUAUAAAAUUAGAACCUUUGUCAUCUAGUUUUAAAAGAAAAACCAUAAUAAAAAUAGGAUAUAUAAUAUAAUUUAUGAAUGAGAAUCCCUUAGCUUAUUAACUUAAAAUUGCAUGAUAUUUAUGUAAUUUGUAAGUAGAAAAAAAGUGAAAAUACUUAUGGAAAAUAAGUCAGAAAAUAAAGAGAGAAUAUUGAAAAGUA